AUGGCGACUAUUAUAGCACCAGUCGAGUUGCCUACCGGACGACGGUCAUGGUAUAAUAAUCCCAGACCUGGCCCCGAUAUUUACAAUCCCAAUUGGAUUCCCGUCUUGGACACUAGAGCGUUCAAUGCUGCCACCGCUUCACUGGCCAACAAAGAGGUUUCUGCUCCCCCGCCUGCGUCAUUUUCCCUGUUUCCCAGCCAGACAAGUUCCAACUCUCCGAAGCCGCGUCAAGGCAUCUCCCACCACUAUUCCAAGAGUGCCCUGGCACCCGAAAGUGUGACGUCUGCCUUGAGAGCGCAAAGUGCACAACAUAUUGCUGAGCCUUUACCCAGUAUUGCAUGGCUUGCCGCCCACUCCAUUGGGACACGAGAGUCUGAAAAGCAUCGUCGCUCACCGACGACUGGGACGGGAUCGAGCGAACGACAGACGACAGAAGGGGCACAAUCGUUGGGAGAAGAUGUCAGCGCCACGGGAGCCGAGGAACCGACCAGCGUUGAGGGAGGAGACUCAGUUCAACAAAGUACGAUUCAAACGCAGCAGGUCGACACGGCGACGCGCUCUUCUAUGACAUCCACGCGGAGGACCGCAAUGCUUCCACCCACAUCUAAAUACAAUCGCAAGCCUGUGGCAUCAAUCUCAUCAAUUCGACCUUCACCGGGUCUUCUUCCCCAAACCCCGCAAGAAUCGCCACGCCUGGCUCCCAGUCCGGCUGUACAGGCUCUGGUGUCCCCAAGGAUGGGCCCAGCCGAACCUCCCGCGCUGGAGUCGACUUCAAACGUCCGCCCAGAAAAAUCUACUGCUUCGGAAAGACGGCAACGGGCGUUGCACUCUCACCCGUCGGACUUAUCACUGCGAGCACACUACAGGUCCCGAUCCGACGAUGCGGAGCCUGUCACACAACCAGUGUCUGUCCGUCCGAAAUCCAGGAAAUCCACAGACUCGCGAGCAACAACUCCGAGAUGUACGAUCUAUGAAUCACAAGUCCCGACACCUGCGCCCACCACUCCACUUCCUGAAUUACCUCCCGAAGUCCGAAGGCCACCAACGCGAGAGCAUGGAAGUCCAAGGCCAGCCCGAACCCUGCCAGAGGGGCCUAUCGCUAGCAAUUUCACCAACACUGGACCAUCUGACCAUGCAGAGUUGGCAUCCUUCAUGGUUGCGAAGAACACGAUAGUAUUCCGGCGGUUCGAUGACGUCCACGUGCGGCUGCUCUUGUGCCUACAGGACGAGAUAGCACAGCUUGAGGGAGAGUUGCUGAAGCUAGAAAGUUCGACAUCAUGCGAGAGUCCCGCUGAAAGAAUGUUACAGAAGGCAAAGAUCUUGCGAGAGUUGAGGAAACUGGUCGGCGAAUAUGAUCAAAUGUUCACGACGUGGAGCAAGAUGCAAACCAACAAGGUCAGCGAGACGACCAGCAAGGACUUGAAGCAGUGGCUCGAAAAGCCGGCAACGAGUGCGGAGGCCGGGUUGGGCAUUUCAAUCCAGCAGGAUCUAUUGUGGUUGGAAAACAGCAAGGAUCUUAGCAGCCUUGCGGUGAACGACAACGAGAACGAGAAGGAGAAGGAGCAAGUAUCUCCAGAGAGCUCGACCACAGGCGAUCCUGGCAGCAGUGGUGCUGGAUGGAAGUCUUUUUUCAACUGCGCCGGGAAACGAAAGUGA